AUGAACAGCCACCUAUUGCCGUACCCUUAUAACCAAACGACGACUCCCCCUGUAAUCUCUUGCGGAACAUUGGUUGGUAACCACGAUCUCGUGCUUGGUCCAGAUUUUGCCCGACGAUUUCCUUCUCGCCUUUCUCCGGCCCAUUCCAAGCAAUCGCUACUUGACUCACUAGAUUGGAUGCAUAUUAUUUACCUCCAGGACCGUUCUGUUACCUUGACUUUCCCACACGGCAGGAAGCUGAAUGUUUACGGUUCUCCUCACACGCCAGAAUUCGGCGUCUGGGCUUUUCAGUAUCCACCCAUCAGGGAUGUCUGGACUGGCCGGAUCCCUGAUGACGCUGAUAUAGUGGUACUCCAUGGUCCGCCGUUGCUUUACUGCGAUGUUGAGAGAACAGGUGAUGGGUAUUUGUUGAGAGAGCUAAGGAGGGUGAAGCCGCAGCUUAGUGUUUUUGGGCAUAUCCAUGAUGGAUACGGAGUGGACAGGCUAGUGCACGACCGAGUGCAGAACGCACGAGAUGAGAUAUACCUCCAUAGAAGCGGACUGUCUGCAAUAUUUCGAAUGAGCUUUUGGAUGACUGUGGCAUGGGUUCGGAUGUUGUUGGGUCUUCCUCAGCCACGGGAGACGAUAUUGAUCAAUGCGGCUAUUGCGCCAGGAGCGAAUAUUAUUAGAGACCAGAAGACGCCCGUUGUAUUGGAGAUGUAA